AUGGUCAACCAGUGCAAAAAGAGCUUACAGCAGCAGUAUUUAAAUGACCAUGAUAAAUUCCUAGAGAAAUUUCAAAAUCAGCAGCGGCUAAAUUCAGUGACUCUGACUAAAGAAACAAAAAAGGAAAAACUAACCAACCUCAACCAACCAGCGCCCUGCCUGCUGGGGGCGCCGUCCUACUUCCUGUCGCACAAUCAUACACACAAAAGGCAGUGCGCCGGUGCCAGAGACCCGGAGCCGCCAUCGUCCACAGACGGGGGAGCGGGAAAUAUGGACGCGGCCUUCACAGAUAUGGAUUCAGGAGUCCCCGUGAAGUUCGAACCCCAGGAUGAGAUGUCUGGCUUUCAGGACAGCCUAGUCUUACAGGUACCACCUCUGCCAAACCCACUGCCCUGGGCCAUGUAUAUGCCGCAGAUGCCCAGACAAGGGAGCCCAGCCAGCAUGCUGACCGAAAUGGCGGCUGAUGACCAGGGUGGCUUUGACGGCUACGGCGCGCCGCCGCCACCGCCGCCGCCACUGCCGCCGCCGCAACAGCAAAUCAAGUGCACGGUGUGCGGGGACAAGGCAAGCGGCAAGCACUACGGCCAGUUCACGUGCGAGGGCUGCAAGAGCUUCUUCAAGCGCAGCGUGGCGAAGAACCUGAGCUUCAGAUGCCAAGCCGACCAAGACUGUCGCAUCAAUCAGCACCGUCGCAAACGGUGCCAGUACUGCCGCUUCAGAAAGUGCCUCGACGUCGGUAUGAAACCAGAAGCAGUGCAAAGCAACAGGAGACCGCCCACCCAGCCAGCCCACGGGCCAUCUGCGCUGACCACCCGGCAACCCUCCGACUGCUAUCCGAACCUGUCUGGGUAUGUUUCUCUGCUCCUCAGCGCGGAGCCCAACCCCUUGCCUUGGUCAAGCUGCCAGUUCACACCGCCCAACACCAUCCUCAGCCUCGAGGACAUUUGCGAACAGGCUGCGCGGAUGCUCUUCGGCGCCGUGGAAUGGGCCCGGAACAUACCCUUCUUCCCGGCCCUGCCAAUCAGCGACCAGGUGGCCAUGCUUCGCCUUACCUGGUGCGAGCUGUUCAUGCUGAACUGGGCGCGGUGCCCCAUGCCACUCCACGUGGUCUCGUUCCUGGCCUCGACCUGCUUACACAACACGCCCAUGUCUUCGGACCAAGUUGCCGUCUUUAUGGACAACGUCCGGAUCUUCCAAGAGCAAACCGAGAAGCUCAAAGCUCUGCAAGUCGACCCCACCGAGUACAGCUGCCUCAAGGCCAUCGUCCUGUUCACUUCAGACGCCAGCGGUCUCUCCGAUGCGGCGCAAGUGGAAAGCUUGCAGGAGAAGUCCCAGUGCGCCCUGGAGCAAUACGUUAGGAACCAGUACAACGACCAACCAACGCGGUUCGGAAAGCUUUUGCUUCGCCUCCCUUCCUUCCGCACCGUGUCCUCCGCAGUCAUAGAGCAGUUAUUUUUCAUCCACCUGGUAGGUAAAACCCCCAUCAAAACCCUCAUCCGGGGUAUGUUACUGUCAGGUAACAGUUACAGCAGUAAUAACUAGCGGUACGUGGCACUUCAAAAAAUAAGUCAAAAUAAGAAUGGGGCAGGGGGCUGAAACGGAGAGAGCAAAAAGGUAGACUGGUUUCUUUGCUUAAUACUGGUAAAGGAUAUAAAAGGGAUGUUACAAGUUUGCCAGAAGAAGGGAGGGAAAGUAUUUAAUGGACUGUGAGUUUGAAAAAAAAAAAAGAGACUGUCAAAUGAACUUUUACAGAAUACCAGAAAAACCCCACAAAACACCAAAAAACAAACAAAAAUAAAACACACACACACACACACACACAAAACCGAAAAAUUCCUAUGUCGGAACAGCCUGCUACUUAUUUUUGUAUAAAAAGGAAAUUAGUCUUGCUCUUGUUUGGUAAACUUGUGAAAAAUAUUGCCCAAAGCGCCUUUAAGGAGAUUGGGAGAAAAUGUGCAGAAUGGAGAGAAAGUAAGCCUUUUUCCCCCAAAUUAUUAACUGUGUUUUAUCUAUGUACCUCGAGCUGUUCUCUUCUUGUACUGUUCUAGUUCCAAACCACUUUAUUCUGUGGCUCUAUAAUACGUUUGGAUAUAAUCUUGGUUUCUUAAAAUGCUGUGUAUCCUUAAAAUGUAUGUUCUGCAAGAAUUAAAACUGAGUCCAUGAAAAUGUCACAGGAAGACAUAAAACUUUGAAAGGCAAUUCCAAGAUGAUGGAAACACACAAGUGGUAUCCGAAAACUUUAGAUGAAAUCGAGCACUCUAAUUUGAGAACUGGAGGAAUCACAUACAACACUUAGCUUCCCUUAACCCUGCCUCUUCCCUCAAAAGACACUAUGACAAACCUAGAUUUUUAAAAACGCUUUAGAGAAUGUACUGUAGGAUUUAUUGGCAGCAACAAAUGUGUCCAAGACGCAUGCUGUCGUUUUGAAUAGAAAGUGAACGUUUGUACUUGGAGUUGAGCCCCAUUUAGUUCUUGAAUUGUUAUGGAAAUCCUACAUUUGUGUAUUCGGAAAUCCUUUAUGUUAUCAAUGCUGUUAUCAUCCCCCCCUUUUUUUUAAAGAAAUGUAGUUGAAAUCAGCAUGACAAAAUAAUACUGUUGGCACUUA